GCGGAAUCAAAUCUGUUUCUCCUUUCUGACAUAAUCUCCUAGCUUGACCGGUUGUAAAUUUUCAAAAUACAUCUAACUGGGUAGACUCAUGCAAUGGAAAAAUUGCGAUUCGACAGCAAGAUCAGCUGGUUUGCCGCCGUGGCAUGUGGGUGCAUGAAUUUUCUCCUCAUGAUACCGACCAAAGUCAGCGGUCUGUUUUUUGUAGAGAUCCUGGAUCGGUACAAAGUCAACAGACAUCUAGCUGGUUAUCCAAUGUUUACUGUAACUCUAAUGCGAUGCUCGGGUGGACCAUUUGUCGGAUAUUUUGCGGAGAGAUUCGGAAUGAACAGAGUGUUAAUCCUUGGAAGUAUUCUGUCGGCCGUUGGAAUUUCCGCCUGUUUCUUCGCCGAGAAUAUUUCAAUUUUGACUGUUUUCAUUGGAUUAAUACAUGGAUCCGGAGUUGCCCUUAACAACACAUUACUUGCUUUGCUUGUGAAGAUUCAUUUUAAGAAACAUCUCACUCUAGCAUUCGGAAUUACACAAGCAGGUUCUUGCAUCGGAGCAUUCUUCACUCCUCCUCUUCUUUUGUGGAUCUUCCGAAAUUACGGUACAUCCGGAGGGUUUCUUAUCAUAGGAGCGAUGGUGCUUAACACCUUGCCUAUCGUUAUGAUUAUCAACAUAUUAUCGCCUGAUAGAACUUCGAGCAAGUCGGGCAACUCGGUGAAAUCUAAAGAGUGCACGAAAGGACAAUCAGGAACAGAUGUAACUAAAACGGUCAGUUAUUCUGAAGGUGAAGAUAGUGAUAAGACAUAUAUCACUGGUAAUGAAAAUGAAAAAGACGUAAAGACGCGAGAAGAGAAUGUUGUUCCCGAAAUACAAAAUAGUCCUGAAAGCGAGGAUUUAACUUCUUUAAUAUUGAACAGAUAUAAAUGUGAUCACGCAGAAGUCGUAACAGAUGGAACCAAUAGUAAGUCAAAAGGUCCUUCAAAUGAAUUUAAUUUCUGCAGUAUUUCAGGGAAAGCCGAGGGCUCAGAAACGGGAAAGGAAGCAAUGGUGUUGGAUGAAUGGGAGAUUAUCUCAGAAAACAAACCGAAAACUAUCACUCAUGAAAAGGAAGAUAAAGUGGACAUUGAUAGAAACAUCAAUGAAUUCCGAAAUUAUUCUAAAGGAGAGUCAAUUCCUCUCGUGGAUAUUCGAAGGAACACAACAGCAAACAUUUCUGACGAAACUCUCCAACCUUCAACUGAUCAUACAUAUUCUAAGAGUAAAUGUAAAAUAAAAGCUGAAAUAAAUAAUAAAAAUAUAUUAGGAAAUGUAAACGACUACGAUCAUAGUAAAGACAGUAACAGUGAUGCACUUCCAAGUACUUCAGUGAAGAAUAUAUCAGCUUCUAGAUCUUCAGAAUACUCUGCAAAGACUCAGUUGCAGUUAAUGACAGAAACCGAAGAAGUUAUUCCUCCGUUUCUCAGCCCUUUUAAUCCAAUAUCUUCGGAAGUUACGUUGCCAUGCAAUCAAGAAAUUAAUCACAAAGAAAUAUUAAAAACUGAUAAACAGCACUCACAAAGGGCAAAAAAUGCCAAUAGAUCUCUGAGGAUUUUUCUGGAUGUAACGUUUUGGAUUGUCGUAAUAACCCAGAGUCUUCACGUUUUCAUUCUUAUAGUGUUUUGGACCACCAUGAUAGACUUCUCAAGGGACAAGAACAUUGACAGAAGCAUGGAGGUGUAUUUGUUGAUGGUUUUGCCCAUAGCUGAAAUAAUAGGUCGCUUAGGACUGGGAUGGAUUACCGACAGCAAUUACGUCACCAGAAUAAAUUUCUCUAUCCUUUCUUUCAUAAUCAUGGGUUGCUCUUGCUCACUUAUGGCUUGGGCCCGAGAAUUUUAUAUAGUAAUAAUAAGCAUUUUUUUAUUCGGCAUUAUUUCCAGUGGACUCAUAACCAUGUUACCAAUGAUUGUAUUUGAAUUCUUCGAUUCAACCAAGCAUACGAUGGGUCAGGCGUCAAGAUAUUGUCUUUUUGGUCCUCUCAGUUUCCUGAACGGCCCGCUGAUAGGAUAUUUCAGAGACACAGUGGGAUCUUACUCUUGGCUGUAUCACACACUCGCAGUGGUGUCGGUGGCUUGUGCAGCUCUCUCAGCCUUGAUCCCGGUGCUUGCCAGGAUCAGAGACGAGAAAAGGAAAAAGAAGAGAACGAGUUGAAAAUGUCAUUCAAGAAGACAAAUAUUUACAGUUCUCCAACAUAAUUUAAAAAUUAAAAAUGCUACAAAGACACAGGGGUUUUACAUUAGCACUAAAACAGUAUAAUAGAAUUAACACAGAAGAGGAUUUUGAAAGUGAAUGACUUAAAACGAAACUUAAAAUGCAGUUAUUGCUAAAUAUGCCUACUUAUUUUCACCCAAAUGCUGGUAUGCUCACAAUACGAGAACGGACGUUUUCUAUAAACCUUAAAAUAAUAAAUAAGGCAACAAUAAAUAGAACAGUAAUGAAAAUUUCUAUAGAAAAUUAAAAUAUAUUAUGAAUCGGAUCACAGUUCCAAUUUCUAGCAUUCCUAUCUAACUAUCAAGAUUCUAGAAUUUUUGCUUUCAAUUUCAGAAUCUUGGUUUAUAAAUUUUCUUACUUUAUAGUGUGAUGAUAAAAGAAAAAAAUAUAAAAAAAGAUUAUAAUAAUUAUUAUAAUUUUUCUUAACAGUCGAAAUUAAGGGCAAAAAAAGUUUGUUAGCCAGUAUUAAAAGGUAUUCAAAAACUUAGACUUGGAAAUUAUCUACUCGUGAAUGUUUAUUUCGAUAGAUUUUUUAUGGUAUUUCUUUAAGUAUUGAUUAAAACAAUUGAACAUUCUCUUUUACGUAACUGAUAAUAGCAUU